GUGGGGAAAACCAGGUAUGUUCCAUCAGUGCAAGGGCUUGCACAGGCAGGGCAAUCCCAGUGGUAUGUGCUUUUAAUAUGCUCCUACAGGAGACCUAAAGAUGGCACCUGAGGUAUAGCACUGCUAAGGAUGGCAGAGGGACACAAAGAAAGUUCAGCUCUCUGUAUUCAGAGGUGAAGUGGAAAAGGUCAAGCACGAUGGUGGCCCAUGAACAUUCAGACACUGAAAACAUUGGAAUAUUGCUGGACACACGUAGUGACAUGAGCAAGAAACAAUCCUGUGGUAAAGAGAUGGGAUCAUAUAAGAAUCCCUAAGUCAGAGAAAGCAAAUCAAGAUUGCAAGAGAAAGUUUGACUUUGGACUAUUUUCUUAUCUAUGCAUGUUUGGCUUUGCAACCCAACACAGAUUUUUGAGGACACUGCAGGCUUAGAAGAUUAUAUCCACUAAGUGUAUUUAAUCAGGAAGUACUGAUCCCAGAAAGACAAAGGUGCCCAAACAAGGAAGAGCUCCCGCUGUGACGCAGCCAUGAAUAAUUCAGUGACCUUCGUGUGGUGAUGGAACACUUUCCCAGUGUAACUUCACUAUGAAAGGAUAAAGCACCCAAACUCAAAGACCAGUAUUUUGGUCAAAACCUGACAACCUGCUGGAGAUUGACCACCGCCUGCCUGGCUGUUCCAGUUCACACACUGUGCUGUGGGAGGACUGCUCACUCUCUGGGAUUCUAUAGCAGCUGCAGAAGACGGGGCUAUGAGGACAGCCUGGCAGGGGAAGUCCGGUCGCAGCCCACUCCAGGCCCUGUAUGAGAGUGAUCAGUUUGAACAGUCAUCACUGCAGGCGGUUCACCAGCAGCGACGGGAGCUGUUGAGCAACGUCUGCAACCGUUACACCCGCAAGCGGCGGCUGCUGCGGCCGGAUGACUUGCGGCACUUGGUGGUGGAUGACACGCAUGGGCUGCUCUACUGCUACGUGCCCAAAGUGGCUUGCACAAACUGGAAGCGGGUGAUGAUGGUCCUGACGGGGCAGGGCAAGUACCGGGAUCCUCUGGAAAUCCCUGCCAACGAGGCCCACGUGUCAUCCAACCUGCACACUCUCUCUGAAUACAGCAUCCCUGAGAUCAACCACCGCCUGCGCAGCUACCUCAAGUUCAUCUUUGUGCGGGAGCCAUUCGAGCGCCUGGUCUCAGCCUACCGCAACAAGUUCACCCGCAGCUACAACACGGCCUUCCACAAGCGCUACGGGACCAAGAUCAUCCGGCGGCACCGGCAGGAGCCCAGCGACAAGGCGCUGGAGCGCGGGGAUGAUGUGCGCUUCGAGGAGUUUGUCUACUACCUGCUGGAUCCGCGGACUCAGCGGGAGGAGCCCUUCAAUGAGCACUGGGAGCGCGUGCACUCGCUCUGCCACCCCUGCAUCGUCCACUACGAUGUGGUGGGCAAGUACGAGACCUUGGCCGAAGAUGCCAACUACAUCCUCCAGCUGGUGGGUGCCGACACAAGUGUCAAGUUCCCGUCCUCGUCCAAGACCACCAGAACCACGGAUGACAUGACGGCCCAGUUCUUCCAGGACAUCAGCCCCUUCUACCAAAGACGACUCUUUAAUUUAUACAAAAUGGACUACUUGCUCUUCAAUUACUCCAUCCCUUCUUACCUCCGCAUCCGAUGAGGCAGUUGCUGGGAAGAGAGGUGGGGAGAGCUGGGUACUUCUCAUCUUGCCACAACUCCUCUCAUCCCACCCAUGCUCAUCUCUCGGUUCUCCCCAUGCCCUCUCCAUUACAUUCUGUUCUGUGUGCCUCAUUCAGGCACGGUCUGGAGGGAGAACACCCCGUAGAACACUGGGGCUGGAGUUUCUCCUUCCCUUUCUCUCCCACCCCUUGACUUUGGCACUUAUCAGUGGGUACAGGAAGCUGCUGGCUUUGAAGGUUUGCCUUGGCUGGGGUUUUUCUUAUGACUUAAGAGAUUCCUCUAUAGAUCUAAGUCUUGAGAAGGGUCCUUUUUUGUGCAGGAUCCUUUUGGGUGUUUCUGUUCCUCACUGGGCUGUUUGGGGUCAGCCUGGGGAGCAGGAUGGGGCUUGUCAGAGAUUUACAUAGGAACAGAAAUAAAGCAAUAAUGUAAGUUUUUCUUGUUCAUUUCAAAUUGCUCCCACCUUCUUCCUGCAUUCUUGUCCUUCUAUCCUUGCUUCCUGAGCCAUCUCCAUUGCUGUGGAGGGCGGCAACAUAAGCUGCAUUUUGCUCUGACAGAGCCUAGAGGGCUUUUUGUUCCUUUUCUUCCAUGUGCUCUCAGCUGGGAUGCAAAAUGCUGUGAAUGGGGAGGAAGAAGCAGAUGUGCAGCUGGUAUGAGUGACAGAGAUGGAACGAUUUCUCCUGAACAACAGCAGCAGAGCCAUCGAUCUGUGCGUAUGUGCAUCUGGAUUUCUUGUCAAGUCCAAUAAAUCCAGGUUCAGUUUUUUGUUUUCUCUUAA